CGAUCAGUGAACAAGCGGUUUCAUUUUCAAUGUCUAUAACCAAUUAAAUUAUUUGAGGAAGGAGUGAAUGGAUUGAUCAUAUUGUACAUACAUGGAUAUAAUAAUUUAUACUAUGUUAGGGACCUCGCAGGGACAAUUUCACUUUUAGUAGAAACUUUCCGAUUGUACUGAUUGGUAAAAUUGAUACUAAAUUAGGUCAAUGGGAUUUUUCGUUGAGUCGAAUUAGAGAGUUAGAGACUCUUUGAUUUUAUUCUUAUUUAUCGUAUUACUCAAGUCAUUGUGUUUUGUCUAAAAAUAUUUUAUAAACUUGAAUCUUCGUUACGUUACAAUUUAAGUUUGAAAAAUUGAAAUUUUAUUAUAAGUGUUAUACUAAAAUGCUGCAAUUAUUUUCUACCAUAUUUUGCCACAACACCGAUUGAUGCAUACGAUGAAGUCGAUUCCUUCGAUUGCUGAACAUAAUACUCGAUCUGCCAGAUACAGCAUGGCUGAAAGACUUGGUUUAGGUCCUGAAGUUCGGGAAUUGAAAUUAGGACCUUCUUUUACUAAUAAUAAAUCGACAGCAUUCCAUACACUUAAAUAUGAUUUUAAACCAGCAAGUGUAGAUGUGUCUAAAAUGGCCAGAGUAGAUGUUGGAGCAAAUAAUACUAUGACCGUUACUGUUCCACAUUUAGAUGGAGCAGGUAUUCCUCAUACAGUGUUCAAGGGUUCUCAGAGGCCUUACCAUAAAGAAUGUGUUCUUAUAAUUGAUAGAAUAACAGGAGAAAUAACUUUAGAAAAGUUAUCUGCAAAUGUUCAAGUUAAAAAGACUCGAACAGAACCAAAGUCUCAAGUACAUUUGGGAACUUCUACGACAAAUAGUAUUAAUAGACCUAUUACACCUGUGGAAACUAAGAAAAGUCCAACUCAUGGUAGGCCGACUAACAAGGCAAAAAUUGUAAACCGUAAAAAAAGAGAUCCAGUAGUUCAAUUGCAUUCAAAGCAAAGUAGUCCUGUUCAAAUAUCACCAUAUCAUGGGAAAAGUCCACCAAAUUCAAUAUCUGAUAGUUUACCAAUGCAAUCAUCGACAGCACAAUCAACUUUGGCUAGUCUUCCAAUGAUUAGUUCAGAAAAUGAUGAUUUCCCUAUGAUAUCACCGAUGUCAUCAUUCGUAGCAUCCCAAUCUACGAAUUUAACCAGAAUGUCUCCUAUAAUGAACACUCGACCUCCUGUACAAGCUCCAGCUGCUGCAGAUAGUGAUGAAGAAGCUCUUAGCGAUUCAAGUUCAGGAAGUUCAAGUUCGGAUAGUUCUGAUAGUGAUUCUGAUACAGGAAAUGUUCCAGUACCAACAGCGACUAAUGGAGAAGCUUCCUCAGAGCCUUAUUUGGGCAGCUUGCUUGUUCGAUAUCGUCGAUGUCGAAUGAACGAAGGCAGAAACGUUGACCACGCUAGUCUUUUCUGAUUAACGUAAAGGGAAAAAUGUUUCUACAAUAAAGGAUACGACAAAGGUACAAUUUUCUUGAUUCUUUCGAUUGAUUUAAAUCCUAAUGAAUUCAUUUCGAGUUAUCUUCUAAAUGAGAUCAUCAAUUCUUUCGAUAUAAACGAAAACUUAAUCUCGAUCCAUAGAGAGAAAAAGUAAAUUAUUUAGGUAUACAGUUGAAAAGAAACCAUAAUUAAAAUAAGAAAUGGGAAUUUUCAUUGAAAGAGGGAUGUUAUGGCAGGUUGUAAUAUAGAAUAUCAAGGACGAUGUAUUGGGUCGAUCUCUCUUUUCAUGUGUUAAGUUUUUAAAAGAAAUGUCACAAUCGUGUAUAUUUGUAGACGAUGUACGCUUGUCUGUUUGCUUCUUAGCGAGAAAAAGGAAUCGUGCUAUAUAAGCGUUAAGUGAAGUACGUGACAUGAUUUGCUUAGGUACGGCAUGCAUUCCUUAAAGAAGACUAUACGUCCAACGGUUCAAGGAUUUCGAUGGUUUUUUAAUAUGUUGAAAAGUAACCGAUCAUACUUCGAUUUUAUUUCAACGAAUUAAAAUAUCAUCGAUAGUAUACAAUCCAUUGGUAAUAUCGUUUCCUUUUUCAAUUUUCGUGCGUCACGAUAGAGAAAGAAAAAGAGAGAAAGAGAGACGGGGGGAGGGAAGGAUUGGGGAAGAAAAAGAGAGAAAUAUCAGCAAAGUGUUUCUGCAUUGAUUAAGGCAUGACGGUCAGAAGCUUUUCGUGUAAUUCGUUUUUUUCCCUUCAAAAUCUGGAGGAAAAAAAAAAAAAAAAAAAAAAAAAAAAAAAGAAAAAAAAAAGAAGAAAAAAAAAAGAAAAUGUGUCAGAGAGAUGAAUUAAUAAAAAGUAUGUAUUAUAUUAGUAUAUUUUAUCAAUUAUUCCUCUUCCUGCGGGCGUAAAAAUGAUUAACUUAGGCAUACGCUGAAAUGGAUAUGUUAAUAAAACUGGAACGACGCUUUCAGAUCGGACGAAUGAUAAUAUGUAAGUGGUAUCGAAUGGAGUGUAUAGUAUUAUGCGAAUACAAAGAUUGUGAUUUUAUAACGAA